AUGAUGCCUAUGCGUUGGGGGAAAGCAGGCGCGUCCCGCCUCAUAUUGAAGCCCCCGGGCCCGACGUGCAUGGAGGAAUUUAAGAAAAGCAGCACUGAAUGCAUGAGGGAUCACAGCUGCGCAACGGACGAGUGCAAGGAAAAGACCGACCGAUGCAUCGCCAAG